AUGCCUACAGUUCUGACCAACGGUCGGUUUCUUCGGCCGCCUGCUGAAUACAACACAAGCAACGCCGAAUUUGCACAAUGCCUCGCAAUAAACGACCAAGAUGGUACUGUUCAACAUGUUGGACUCUAUGAAGACGCUGCUAUCCAAGAGCUUGUGAGGUCUGGUGCGCGAGUGCUGGACAUGCAAGGACGCUUGAUUAUACCCGGACUCAUCGACAGCCACAUGCACGUGCUUCAUACAGGGGAGUCACUGGAUCAGUUGGAUCUCAAGAACUGCAAGGAUCUAGAGGAGAUUCGCGAUUCUAUCCGAAAAUACGCAAAGGCACACCCCGAUGUGCCGCGCCUUUCGUGCCGCAGUUGGUUUCAAGCAUCCACCAACAACGAAGCCCUGGCCAGCACGCUCGAUGACCUGGACCCGCGACCCAUUUACAUCACCGCAUUUGACGUGCACUCUAUGUGGUGCAGCACAGCUGCUUUGGACGAGCUGCAAGUCGCUGCCAUGGAAGACCCGCCUGGUGGUAAAAUCCACCGAGAUGAGCAUGGUAGGCCCAGCGGAUUGUUGUCGGAGAGUGCAGCCUUGGGCCUGGCGAUGCCGUUCCUCAGCAAGCAGCACACCGAGGAGCAAAAGCUCCAGUUUGUGCACGAUGCUUUUGUAGCGUACGUCAAGAGUGGCUACACGGGACUGGUUGAAAUGGCCAUGGAUGACGCCACGCUUGACAUACUUCUCAAGUAUCGCGCCAGUCGCGGCGGAAGCUUGCCAAUCUGGAUGGCCAUGCACUGGUUCAUUGCACCAACGCGCUCUGCUGAGGACAAUCUGAAGCAAGUGGAGCGCGCGAUUGAACUCAAGAAAAAGUUCAACGCUACGGAUACGCCAGACUGUCGUAUCGCAGGAAUCAAGCUGAUGUGCGACGGUGUGGUGGACUCGUGCACAGCCAGCCUCGUCGAGCCGUAUUCUCACACCGGGCAGAAUGAGCCGACCAUGUGGACACUGGAUGAGCUGCGGCCUAUCUUGAAGAGAGCGGACAACGCCGGUUUACAAAUUGCCAUCCACGCAAUCGGAGAUGCAGCCAUCAAGCUCGCUCUUGACGGGUUGGAAGCUGUAAACAAUCCGACCGGGCGACAUCGCAUUGAACAUCUCGAGACGUGCGCGCCCGAGGACGUUCCUCGUCUGGGCAAGCUGGGCAUCACGGCUUCGGUCCAGCCCGUCCACAGCGAUCCGUUCAACUUGACGGCGUGGCCAGAUCUUAUCGGAGCCAAGCGAUGCGGCCACGUUUUCCCCUACAAUGGUUUUGCUGAGCAUGGCGCCAUCGUUGCGCUGGGUACGGACGCUCCAACCGCGUCCCACGAGCCGCUGCCCAACUUGUACACUGCAACGACGCGCAAGUCCGGACACAAGCCCGAAAUGACAGAAGCAACUACGCCACAGUUUGCACUGAGUUUAGCUGCCGCUACAGCUGCCUAUACACAAGGUGCCGCUUACAGUUGCUUUGCAGAUGCACACGUUGGUAAGCUCGAGGUGGGCAAGUUGGCCAACUUGACCGUUUUAGACGCAGCUUGGGAACCCACUCGGCUCCUACAGGGUAGCGUGGCUGAAACAUGGUAUAGAGGACGGAAGCUGCUUAUUAAAUAA